AUGUCGAGUGCGUCGUCGUUCUAUGAGCUCAGCAGCAAGAACACGGACGGCGUCGAGAUCUCGAUGGCCAAGUUCACGGGCCGCGUCUGCCUCGUCGUCAACCUCAACUACACUCAACUUGUCGAGCUCGAUCGCCGGUACCGUGACCGCGGGCUGCAGAUCCUCCUGUACCCGUGCAACCAGUUUGCCAACCAAGAGCCCGGCACGAACGACGAGAUUCUCGCGUUCGCGCGGAGCUACGGCGUGACGUUUCCCGUCAUGGAAAAAGGCGAUGUGAACGGGUCCAAGACACAACCCGUCUUCAAGUACCUUAAGAGCAAACUCCGGGGCACGUUUACAUCGACAAUCAAGUGGAACUACACCAAGUUUCUCAUUGACCGCAACGGCCAGCCGUACAAGCGCUUCGGGACGUUUACGCCGCCGAUCAAGCUCAUCGACGACAUCCUCGAUCUCCUCGACGAAGAGACGCGCCCCACAAGUGCGUGCGACUAG